CCACACAUAACACUAAGGUAUAGACACGGGAAACCAAACACAAGUCUAUUUUUUGUUUCGGUCAUGGCUAUCUCCAAUGCUCCGAUUGCCUCACUUCUCGUUUCUCUUCUCCUUAUCCAACUUGUCCAUGCUGAUCAACUGGUGACAAGUGCCAACAAGGGAACUGCUCCCCCAACGAAAAUCGACUGCGGCGGGGCUUGUGCGGCGAGGUGCCGGUUAUCGUCAAGGCCACACCUAUGCAAUAGGGCUUGCGGGACAUGCUGCGCACGCUGCAACUGUGUUCCUCCGGGAACCGCCGGGAACCAAGAAAUGUGCCCUUGCUAUGCUAGCUUGACCACCCACGGUGGCAGACGCAAGUGCCCUUGAGUUUUUAAUCCACUUGGAACGAAUCUUCUCCUUUGAGCUUUGUGGUGAAAUAGACGAAUUGCAUGGUGUAAGAAUAAAUAAAUUAAAAGUGUGACAUGCGUAAAGCACAACUCAUUUAGUUAA